AUGUCCAUCGACAAGCAAGAACACUCCCAGGAACACUCGGAAGAGUCUGUGGCAUCCAGUCCCGAAAAUGAGACUGGCCCGUCAGUCCCACCGGAAAGCCAACCUGUGAAGCGCAAAGGCGGGCGCAAACCUAUUUAUGCGACCUCAGAAGAGCGCAAGCAGAGGAAUCGUCAGGCACAGGCAGCGUUCAGAGAGCGACGCACAGAAUACAUAAAGCAGCUCGAGGACGCCCUCAAGGCUCAGGAGACCAACUUGACUAAUCUGCAAGCUGCGCAUCGCGGCGCCGCGGACGAAUGCUUGAUGCUGCGGUACAAGAACUCUCUGCUAGAACGAAUACUUCUUGAGAAAGGUAUUGAUGUACAGGCCGAGCUUCGUGCCAAAACAGGUAGUCCAACCCUGGGUCCAACUCAUAUGCCCCAGAACAUGGUGCAGCCACCACCGAUUCAGCGAGGGAUGCUCAACCGACAACAUCAUCCGCGGAGGUCUGGUUCUAGCAUUGCACCCAAGCUCGAACCAGGAAUGCCCUCCCUGCCACCGCCCAACGGCAUCAAUCAAGCUUUGGUCUCGCCCAAGAGUCGACCAACACCCCCUUCCCAUGCGGCUUCGCCCAUCAACCCUACGCCGCCUUACGGGGGCCACAUGGCGGCUUCUUCACCGGCAGCCUCUGAUCACACGGGCAUGCGACCAGCGAUGCCUCCACCUCCCAAGCAGCAUAUGCCCCCCAUGCCCGGUAUGGGUGCUGCACAGCGUCAGCAGAUGAUGCAGCAACAGCCGACCUCGGGCCCUAGGCCGCCUGCGUUCUAUCCGACGCCGUCCUUCCAGAACCAUUUCCAACAACUCGGCAAGCUGACCCAACAGGAGUACGACGCGCCGGCCGACAUGAUAGACGAGCCUGAACUGGAUAACGCUGGCCCGGGGCCUUAUCCUUCAGGAUUUCCAGUUAACCAUCAACCUGGCAUGUCGAUGCAGCCACCGACGAGUGCUGCGCCAGGACAACCGCCAAUAGCUUCCGCAGAGCAUGGCGGCCAGGGACAAGGUCAGGGCUACCCAAGUAUGACUCAACUUCUUGAUCCAGCUUUGGACUGGGAUCCGUUUGGGUUAAGCGCGUCGAUGGCCUUCCCAACACAGUUUUCGUUCGAUACGAGCAACAUGCGAUAA